GUCCUAGCGGUCGGUUGAAGUGGUCGGACGCACCCGAGGUUUUGGCGGGAACAAGCUCUCCUUUCUCGCAGAUUUGCGAAGUGAGUUGUUCAAAGUUGUUGGAAUUCGAAGAGAGAAAGUCGAGGGCGCAUCCAGCAUAAUUCCGCUUCUGCUCAGGUUCGAGGCUUUGUGAUUCUAGCCUUUAGAAGCGGCCUUCACACGAAUCGUAGCUGCCCAAAGAACAGGCUUGCCCACAGAGAUGUCGGACGACAACACCGCCCCAACGACUGGUGAGGAAGAGAAGAAGCCCGCAGGCGAUCAUAUCAAUCUGAAAGUCAAGGGCCAGGAUGGGAACGAGGUUUUCUUCCGCAUCAAGAAGUCGACGACAUUGAAGAAACUUAUGACCGCAUACUGUGACCGGCAGUCCGUUGAUUUGGGCUCGAUCGCUUUCCUGUUUGAUGGUCAGAGGCUUCGGCCCGACCAGUCCCCGGAGGAGCUGGACAUGGAGGACGGGGACGAGAUCGAUGCAAUGCUGCAUCAAACAGGAGGCAGAUUGUGAAUCUCGUGCUUACCAGCAUUUGUGAGGGGCCGAAAGCUUUGGUUUAUGUAUAGUAGGAAAGGGCGUCGAUGAGAAUUGCACUUUCUGUGCGUUGAGCAGCAGAUAUACAAAGCUCCACUGGUCUUGGGUUAGUAUACUUGUCACAUAUAGUUGUCUUUGAGCUCGGACGGUGCUGAGAGAUUUACGCUUUGCAAGCAAUGCAUCACCACUGCACUGAUCAAUGCCAAGAACACAAUGGGCACUGUUUGCGCCAUGUCAUUAUCGAUGUUUCAUGUAAGUAUGUGCUCCAACGCUGAAUAUCUGCUACAAGCUCGGCUUUUUAAACAACAAAAACGUUUUGAUCGCCAGGCUGCUUCCGCUCAGUCACAUGCGCAAAGGCGUCAUGCAACCGAUUCACUUCACAAGUAUUCAUCACUUUGUGC